AUGUACGACCCAAGCACUUCUUCCGGUCAAUCUACAUCUUAUGAGACUCCCAGCGAAUCCCCCACUAAGGGAGACCCCGUAUCUCGAGGAAUUAUUGAAGAACCAGUUGCAGAAGAAUUAUACAUCAAGUUCUUCACCGAGCUUCUACCGCAAUACCCUUUAAUCCUUCCCGACGCGCCUCUCUCGUGGCGGACUUUGCAACAAGAUCGGCCAGCACUGUUCCGGGCUGCGCUAGCAACUUCAUCAAGCUGUUUCAGGCCAGAUCUCUGGACACCACUCUUUCGAGAUGUAGAGCGAUAUGUCAUGGAGCAAGCCAUGAUUUACGGCCGGAAAUCACUAGAUCUGAUACAAGCUGCUCUGGUUCUUGUUACGUGGAGUCACCCACCGGAUAAGUUCGAGCAUUUGAACUUUAGCCAAUUUAUUAAUAUCGCAGCAGCUAUGGUGCAAGAGUGUAUAAAUAUCUUAGAUUCUCCAGCGAGCACACAUAUCGGUGAUCGACGGUUGGCAGCAUGGAUCAGACUCCAACGGCUUGCAGAGGAGUCUCUUUCCAUGGCCAGAGCCAGGCCAAAUGGGAACUCAUUUGAUCACCCCGACCAACGGAACCAUUUUGUUCUGCAAAGCUGUCUCGAACGCCUCAAAGAUUGGCGGCGAAAUACCCCGGAAGAAAUUAUGACCGUAACCAUCGAUAUACACUACCAUGUCGUCCUUCUUAACCUUUAUGAACCAGGCCUUUACUACAAUCACGAAUCUCAAGAUUUCCGCCCUCCUUAUGCAAUACAGACUUUACUGUCUACGACUGCAUUCGAUCCAGAUACGCCACAGUAUAUUGAUGCGCGUAUAAAGUGCCUAAAUGUGGCUCGGAACCUAAUACAGUUGUUCCUGCACUUCUCCUCAAAGGCUCUACAACAAGUUCCUGUUAUCAUCUUUACCAGGAUGAUGUAUGCUGUUGUCAUGAUCAUCAAGCUCGAAGUUUUGAAUGGGCCGACCAUUGAUAGAAAGGAUGUGUCUGAGGCUGAACAGGUUUCUGCUCUGGAUUUGAUAAGUCUUGUGAUCGAAAAGCUCAAACUGGCAUCAGACAUGGGACGCUUCUCCAUUCCAGCAACUUUCCAUGCUGUGUUAGGGAGACUGCACAGCCGUUGUGUCGAUAGCUAUUGGUGUUUUGUUAUGGGACAGAAUGAGAUCAAUGAGACAGUCAAACCUCUCAUGAACCUCCAAGUUCAAGAUUCGAGCAAGGAGAAAGAAGGCACACUUCCAGAAGGCACACUUCCAGAAGGCACACUUCCAGAGGUACACUCAGGGCCUACAACGCCCCAGGAACAGAUCUUUGAAGUUGAAUAUCUGUCUCAGCAGACAGAAUACGGUGUUUCCUCAGACACUUCCAUAUCGCUAGAUGAUUGCUUCCCAAAUGUCGCAGCAAAUGCUGGUCUGGAAGUGUUUUGGAAUAGUUUCUUCAGCAAAGAAAUUUCACCAACAGUUGCAGAACAGGGCUUUGAUAUGAGACUCAUAUACACCGAGUAA